CCAACCGCCUCAACCGCCCUCCCCUCCCCCCCCGCCGCCCGCCCGCCCGCCCGCCCAGCCGGCGCCGCCCGCGCUGCCACACGCACCCCACUCCCGCACACGCCCGCGGGUGCCCGCGGCCUCUCGAGGGGGAAGCACAAGGAACUGAUCAAAACUCCAGGUAGAAGAUAAAUUUCAGAAUAAGAAGAAACUUGCAUACACUGGAAAAAUCACAGAAGGAUUGUGGAGAAGAAUCUAGAGUACCAGUUCUGGUAGGAAAAUGACUCGCCUGGCGCAGGAGCAGGAGUUACGAGCCAUGUCCCCGUGAGACCUCCAGAAUUAGGAGCAAAUGCCUGGAGAAGUCCCGCCGCACAGAGCAGCGCCGCAGCUCUUGUGAACCGCGGGCAUCGACACCUCUCGGACUUGCUCCCCUGGCCCCGAGCACUCUGCCAGCAUUUCCCACCCCACGAAUGGCUACUCAGAGGAAGCACUUGGUGAAAGAUUUCAAUCCUCAUAUCACCUGCUACAUCUGUAAAGGCUAUCUCAUCAAGCCAACUACAGUAACCGAGUGCCUCCAUACCUUUUGUAAGACUUGUAUUGUUCAACACUUUGAAGACAGCAAUGACUGCCCCAGGUGUGGCAACCAAGUGCAUGAGACCAAUCCACUAGAAAUGUUAAGGCUGGACAACACCUUAGAGGAAAUUAUAUUUAAGCUGGUGCCUGGACUUCGAGAACAGGAACUGCAGCGAGAGAUCGAAUUUUGGAAGAAAAACAAACCUCAAGAAAAUGGACAAGAUGAAAGCCCAAAAGCUGAUAAACCCAAAGUAGAUGAGGAGUGUGAUGAAAAUGAAGAAGAUAAAGACUAUCACAGGAGUGACCCACAGAUUGCUAUUUGCCUCGACUGUUUGCGCAACAAUGGGCAGUCAGGAGAUAAUGUAGUCAAAGGUUUAAUGAAGAAAUUUAUCCGCUGUUCUACUCGAGUGACUGUGGGAACUAUCAAAAAGUUUCUCAGCUUAAAAUUAAAACUUCCAAGUUCUUAUGAGCUGGAUGUACUAUGCAAUGGAGAAAUCAUGGGGAAGGAUCAUACUAUGGAAUUCAUCUAUAUGACAAGAUGGAGACUAAGAGGCGAAAACUUUCGGUGUCAGAACUGCUCAUCUUCGCAAGUCUGCUCACAGGAUGGCACUUUUUAUCAGUCUUACCCUAUGGUACUUCAGUAUCGACCUAGAAUUGACUUCGGUUAGACCAAAGGGCCAGAUCCCACUGAGAUGAAUCCUGCACUAUUUGUUUACCCAUCGACAGAUUGCACAAUGAAUGGAUGUGCCUGGAUUAGGGGGACACAACCAGAUUUUCAGCAUGCAAAUAAGGACAUUGUCUUUCUUAAAAUUGUCAGUUGCAUCUCUGUUGUUUCAAUUAGAGCAAGCCAAGUGCCAUUCUGCUACUGAAAUGUGCAUAAGAUAUUCGUGUAUCUUACGAGUGUGCUGCAAAUCAUAGCCAAAAUCAUGAAGUGUACAGUCAAGAUUCAAAAACUAUGGGAUAAUUUUGCUUGCGUGUUAGAAAAUUUUUCUGGUCCCAAUAUUGAUUACACUAGCAAAAUGGCAGAGUGCUCAUUCCAUGUGGUGUUGCAGUUUCACACACUUACUAUUUUACUGAAUAUUGUUGUUUAAAUCAUAGAGUACUGUACAAAUAACUAAGGAUUAUACCUUGAAAAUAUUUUGUAUAGAAAAUAUAUUUAGAAAAGUGGUGAUAGGGCCACUACCUUUUUCUUGAUAAGCUUCUCAUGGGUCCAGGUAUAGCUCACUCAUGAGUGUGCAACAGUCCUUUUGCAGUGAAUGAAGAUUAAUUACCCUUAACAAGAGAUGUAGAACAUGGUAAUUCAAAACAGUAAUUUUAAAUCUUCUAAAUAGAUUCUGCUAAUAUUGCUUAAAAGCAUCGCAGCCUUUGUGAUUGCACUUUUCUAUGGUUUCCCUGAAGAUUGGAAUUUGGGAUACUAGCUAUUUUUGGAAAACGGCUUCUGGUCAGAUUACAUUUCUUCUAAUAAAGCUUCCAUAAAAAUGAAGUUAAAAAUAAUGUAAAUGUCUAUGGAACAAAUAAAUUUCGCUAUAAGAUUACAACCAAGGCAAAAUUCUACAUAAUUACUGCCUUUCAUAGUAAGCAUUUCCUUUUAAGAUUGGUUGGAGGUAUAUAAUAUGCUAAGAAAAAAGUAAUAUGUAGCUUUAAUUACAUUAUAUAUCUCUUGUGACUAUCUGGAGUUUAGAAUUCAUUACAGAAAUUUUCAUUAGUUAAAGUCACAUCAUAAAACUAUUUCCAUAAAAUUAGAGGUAAUGCAAUACUGAAGAUAAGCAGUCUGACCAAAAUAAUUGUUCAGGUCUUUUUUUUUUCCUAAGGCCUGGUAGUGCUGGAUAAAAAGUGAUUGUUGCCUUAGGUAUUGCAAGCAUAAUGGUUCUAGUAUAGAAUGUUUAUUAGGGUUUCUGGUAAUGUUGCAGGGAGCAUAGUAAUGCAUAUGUUUUCUGUAGUCUUCCGUUGUCUUUGUUCUGCUUAAAAGUCAGCUGAGUUUUUCACUUCAAAUUCUGUAGAGAUACUUACAGUUCAGUACCUUUAUGUAAUUUCUACUUAAUACAUGCCUGCUAGUAUUGUAGAUAACUUUCUUAUGCUUUUUGCAUACAGCAAAAAGGAACCAAAUCAAUUCUUCAGAAGCUACUAUAGAGUGAACUAGUCAGAUAAGACAAAGUGAAAAUUCUAUCUUGGGAUCAAGUAUAAAAGAUAGAUGCAAGGCUGUAAUUCCUUUGUAAAUUUAUGUUCAUGUACAUUAGUGUGUUUCUGUAGGAGAAAUAAGCAUGUUGUGGAUUAAA